GCUUGACCUCCAUCGGAGCCCCACCCCCGUCCGUCCUCCACUCCCCCCCCCCCCCUCCCCGCCCCUAGCGCGGCCGCCGCACCAUGCCCUCCCCGUGACGCAACGGGCUGGCUUCACGUGAACAGCCGGCGCGGUGCACGCACUGUUCACGUGGACAGCGCGGCCGGCGAUUGGCCGGCGGGGCCGCACCCCCGCCGCUCAUUGGUCGGUACGCACACCCGCCCAGGUACGAACCCCGCACGGCGCCAGCGCAGAAACGACACGAGCGAACUUUGUUAUUUGGCGGUGCCGACCAGAGAAGGGUGGGUGUGUGCAGGGCGCGUUGCUGUUUUGAAGUCGCUCAGUGAUAUUCAGUGAGGAAGGAUGCUGCUAGAGCACUUCCUGUUGUCGCCCCCGGCGUCUCCGAGACUCGAGGACAACCACUCAAAGGAUGCGAUGCUGGCCGCCAAGAGUCUGUUGACGCUGUCGGCGGCGCGGAGGCCCAGCCCUGCGCCGAGUCCGACGCGGCUGGCGCCCACGCCGCCGCACAGUGCGCCCACGCCGCCGCACAGCGCGCCCAGCUCGGACACGGAGCCGGAGGAGGCGGCGCCGCGCCGACCGCCGCCGCCGCCCGCGCACCGGCACAACUCCAUGCUGGCUAAGUUGCUGUGUGACCGGUCUGUACCCGUACCGGAACGCUCACCGUCGCCGCUCGCGCUACGUUCACCUCAUUCGCCGUCCGCCACAUCGUCGUCGCCCUUCGCCUCAUCAGUCGCCUCGCCCGCCUCCCCAUCAGCCACAUCAGUGUGCUCCGUGCCGCCGUCCCCGCCCCCGUCAGUGGCGUCAGCCGCCGGCGCGGUCCGGCAGCCUCCCGCACGUCAGUCGGUCAUCUACCGCGCCCACAAGGACGGCACGGCGUCUCCGCAGCCGCCGGCGGCGCGGCCGGCCGCUGCCCCCGCCGCACCCUCGGCGUCUGCGCGACCGGUGACAAUCGCGCCGCGGCCUGUGCCGCUGCUGCCGCUGCUCUCGGUGCCGGCCGGCUCCGCGCCGCUGCUGCUGGCACCCGGUCACGUACUUCAGGUGCCGCAGCAGCUGCUGACCGCGUCCGGCGCCCAUCAGCUCACGGCGUCAGCGCCCGUGCCCGACAGGAAACGGGCCUACUGCUGCCAGCACGCCGGCUGUGACAAGACCUACUUCAAGUCGAGUCACCUGAAGGCCCACGUCCGAACGCACACAGGUGAAAAGCCGUUCGUGUGCCAGUGGCCAGAGUGCGGCCGCACUUUCUCGCGAUCGGACGAACUUUCGCGGCACAAACGCACGCACACAGGCGAGAAGAAGUUUGCCUGUGAUGUGUGCGGUCGCCGCUUCAUGCGCUCGGACCACCUGACCAAACACAUGCGCCGCCACGCGCGCGACCGCAAGACAGUCGGUGUGCCGGAUACGCGCCAGAGGGCGGUGCUGCCGCCGUUCUUCAUCCAGCUCAGCGCCACGGCCGUCUGAGCGCCGCGCCGCAAACGUCUCUUGCUCGAUCUCUGAGGGAGAGGGGCGUCCCCGAGAGUGUGGAGCUGUCCAGACUGUGACAGACAUUGUUGGAUCGAGUUGGAGAACGGUCGAAACUCGUUGAGACAAUAUGGAGAACGGCGGAGAAGGUUAUAUUCGGAGAGACAGUACCUGACGCAGCACCGGCCCUAAGCGGCGUUUGUACCUCCGCGCAGCCGAGUGUAUUUAUUUUGUUUUUAUUUAUGUGUUGGUGUAUUCAGCUUUAAUGACUGUAAUAAUAUACACACUACGUGACAUGA